AGGUGACCAGUCACCCGCGUUGUCAUGUGACCUUUUCAUACGUUAACAUGGCAUCCAGAUUGAAGAUAAUGUUUUCGGUUGGGAGUUUUACAACUGUUUUAAAUGUUUUGGUAAUUUUGUCCGGUUUAUGCUUCUUAUGUACGUCUGUACGAGCCGAAAUUCAAACUGCUAUUAUUGACAAACAAACCGGGCAGCUCUCUGUCCUGGAAGGAUACCAAGAAGAUUUUGUGGCUUGGGCGAACUUCACCGACGACAUUGAAACAUCAGGAUGGUCUUUCUUGGAGGUCACGACCAGCAGUCAGUACAAUGACAGUAUCCAGGCUUAUGCUGCCGGUGCAGUGGAGGCUGCAGUCACAUCCCAGCUCAUCUAUAAGCACUGGGUGAACACUCUAAUUGGCUACUGUGGACCCUUCUCAAAUGAGACUGAUUAUUGCGAGCGUCUUGGGGCUUUUAUUUCAACCAAUAUGCAGUGGGUUCAGGAACAAAUAAAGGAGCAGCCAAGUUCACCGUACUGGUACCAGGUGCGUCUGGCACUGCUGCAGCUGAAGGGUCUGGAGGACAGCUACAAUGAUGAGCUGUCAUUUCCAACAGGGCCACUGUCCUUCAACCCAUUUGGUUUCCUACUUUUCCAACUGGGUGGGGAUCUUGAGGACUUGGAAUCAGCUCUGAACAAAUCCAGCCCCAUGCGAACUCUUGGAUCUGGUUCAUGCUCCGCUCUCAUUAAGCUGCUGCCAAACAAUAAGGAAUUGCUUGUGUCACACGACACCUGGAACAACUACCAAUCCAUGCUGCGUAUCAUAAAGAAAUACAUCUUUGCCUAUAAAGUUUCUCCUCUAGACAGUGUGUUUCUUCCUGGAGGAAUUCAGGCAUUCUCAUCUUAUCCUGGAUCUAUCUUCUCUGGAGAUGACUUUUAUAUCCUGAGUAGUGGCUUGGUUACUUUGGAAACCACCAUUGGCAACAGUAACCCUGCUCUCUGGAAGUUUGUUCAGCCUAAAGGAACCGUCAUGGAAUGGCUGAGGAACAUUGUGGCUAAUCGACUGGCUGUUUCUGGCAAGGAGUGGGCAGAGUUAUUCCGCAAGUACAACAGUGGAACAUAUAAUAACCAGUGGAUGAUUGUAGACUAUAAACACUUCACUCCAGGGAAGACUGACAUCAAAGAGGAGCUCUUUGUUGUGCUGGAGCAGAUUCCAGGACUUACUGUUUAUGAAGAUAAAACUCAGGAAUUGCUGGAGAAAGGAUACUGGGCAAGUUACAACAUACCGUACUACGUAGAAAUAUUUAAUGCCAGUGGCUGCAACGAGCUGGUUGAGAAGUAUGGCCCGUGGUUCUCUCUGGACAAGAAUCCUCGGGCUCAGAUAUUCAGGAGAAACCAGACAGAUGUCACAGAUGUCGGCUCAAUGCUCCGCCUCAUGAGGUAUAAUGACUUUAUGGAAGACCCAUUGUCAAGGUGUGAUCACUGUAAUCCACCUGCGAAUGGGGAGAAUGCGAUCUCAGCCCGUUCAGACCUGAACCCAGCUAAUGGAACAUAUCCCUUUGGUGCCUUGAAGCAGAGACCACAUGGGGGAACAGACAUGAAGAUGACCUCUUAUGAGAUGUUCAAAGAGUAUGGCAUGUUGGCAGUGAGCGGGCCAACCUGGGAUCAGGUGCCUGCUUUCCAGUGGAGCACUUCUCCUUAUAAAGACUUGAUACACAUGGGUCACCCUGAUAUUUGGGCAUUCAAGCCUAUAAAAGUCAUCUGGACACCUUAAUUGUUGUCAUAAUGUAUAUACAAGUAACAAGAUAAAUGUAAAUGUUGCCAGCUGUGCUGCUUGAAGUUUGAACAAAGGGAAAUGGUACUUUAAUUCAGUGUGCCAUGUCUUCUAUAAACACAACAGUCAUGUUAUUGAUUUUCAGGAGAGGGUUGAUGAUAUUCUGGAAGCAUUUCAGUAUUAUGAUGUUAUUUGCAUAGUUAAAGAACAGAAGCUUAAAGAGUUUUGAAUGUGGGGUAACAUGAUCAUCAUCAACAUCAACUUUACAACCUUGUUGUAAAGUUGAAACUUCUGCUGUAGAUUGUCUGAUUUUUACGUUUUGUUUUUUUAAGAUUUUUAGUUUUCAUACUAAAUGUGUGAAUAUUUUUUCAUUCCACUUGUUUAAAUUCUGAUAUCUUAUAGGAGCUAUGAAAUAUUUUCAUAGGACUACACCUUUCUUUGGAGAAAUCACCAAGUAGCCUACAGAUGAAGUUUCUUUCACAGUAAACGCAGAUGUCUUGAUCAUGAGUUAAAUACUUUAUUCUGAUUUGAUGCAUUGUCUGUAUUUUUUUACAUUGAUUUAGAAUCGGCUAUAUUGGCCAGGUGUGACGGACACACAAGGAAUUUGACUCAGGUACAUCGGCUCUCAAUGUGCAAAACAGUAAACCAGCAUAAGG